AUGGAAAAGCUAACCAUUUCUCUGGAUAAUGUCCAUUGUUCGGAAUGUGGCUCCACCAUCUACAAGAUCCUCUCGAGCAUUCUCAAACUAUCAAAGGCCCAGUUCAAUAACGAAUGGGUAAGUACCGAGGAAUUUGCCGAUUCGGGCACACGUUCAUCUGAUUCAGGUGUCACUGCUUAUCUGAGUCUCAACCAGCUCACUCUACUUGGACCUCAGGGCGUACUAUCGUCCAAUGAGCGCAAGCUUCUCUCCAAGCUAGAGUCCGCGGGUUUCGAUUGCUUGUCCUCAACUUUGGAGUCUGAUGAGGAUAUAGAAGACUCUUUUUGGGUUGCACCUUUUAGGGCGAUUUUUGACGGCGGAAAGAAGAAAUUGGAGGCCAAGAAGAGGCAGAGGAGACAUGUGGACAACUGUAUCGUUUGUCGUGAAGAACAGGAGAAACUUCGUGAGGAAAAAGAAAAGGACAAGGCUACGGGUUCGAAGCUCAAGAAUGUCACGGAUAAACUUUUCAAAUCCGGCUCGUCGUCUGAUGAAGAUACUUUGACCGACCUUCCAAACAUAGUCACUGCUAGUCCUAGAGAGUACCGUGCAGUUGUGGCCAUUAGUGGUUUGCAAGAGAGUUCUGAGGUUGUUUCUGCGGCUGUUUCGAGCUUCUGUGAGAAGUCUGGAUUGCCUCAAAAAGACGAAAAUGGCCAAUCUACUAUCUCUCUGUCCGAGGUCUCUGGCACUCUGACCGCUCUUCUUCCUGAUAAGCAGUAUGUGAACGGGUUGAUCAGUGAGAUUCGCGAAUUAGGCCAUGAAUGCUCGCUUUUGGAGCUUCUUCCUAUUGAAAGAUCCUAUAAGUUUAAGGUCACUGCCGUCAUUGGUGGCAUGACUUGUGCUGCCUGUACCACUGCUGUGAACAUGGCAGUACAAGAUCUACCGUUCGUUGUGGAUUGUGCAGUCAAUCUUGUUUCCAAGUCGGGCUCUUUUGUUCUUGAUUCUGCUUCUAAGGAGAACCUCGAUACUCUCAAGGAGACAGUUGAGGACAUCGGUUACGAGUAUCAACAGAUAGAGGUAAACCAGGUUAGACAUGCAGCUACCCAGACCCAGUCCCGAACCGUGAACUUGAAGAUUUCGGGUAUGUUUUGCGAGCACUGUCCAGGUAAUAUCAACAAUCAGCUCGAGAGUUAUGGCGAUGCCGUCGUGGUUAAUGAUCCAGUCUCUUUGAAGAGACCUUAUGUUAGACUGACCUACAUUCCUACGCCUUCCCAGAUCACCAUCAGAUCUAUUCUCAAAGACCUUAACGAUCUCUCUCCGCAAUACAAGGUUGAGAUUGUCAAGCCCAUAAGCAUGGAUGAAAGGUUGAAGAGAAUGGUUAAACAUGAUCUGGUGGUUAUUGCUAAAAGGCUGGUUUUGACGGCUUUUUUCGUGAUUCCAACUUUCGUCUUUGGUGUUGUUGGGAUGUCCUUGGUUCAUAAGGACAAUGCUUUCAGAAAAUGGCUAGAGUCUCCCAUUUGGCAGGGAAAUGUCUCAAGAGCCAUCUGGAUUCUAUUGAUACUGUCCACGCCUAUCUACUUCUUUGCAGCUGAUAUUUUUCACAAAAAGGCCUUGAAAGAGAUCUAUUCGUCGUGGAAAGCCACUUUGCCUUGGAAAAGAAGACUCUUCAGGUUUGGAUCUAUGAACUUGUUGAUGAGUCUGGGUACCACUGUCUCAUAUUUCAGCAGCAUUGCCUUACUUGCACUUGCUGCUACAUCUCCAAGACAGGAAAUGGGCUAUAUGACCACAUAUUUCGACUCCGUGGUGUUUCUAACUUUCUUCCUUCUAACCGGAAGGCUUUUGGAGGCAUAUUCUAAGAGUCGCACUGCAGAUGCCAUAUCUGGGCUGGGACUUUUGAAACCUCAGAAAGCUCAUCUUCUGGAGAGAACCACAGACUCCGGGGAAGUGCCAAUUGAAGGUGAAGAUGUGAAGGUGGAAUUGUUGGAGAUAGGCGACUACAUUAGAAUCUCGCCUGGAGAAUCACCUGCUGCUGAUGCCAUUGUGGUCUCGGGAGUGUCCCAGUUUGACGAAAGUGCUCUUACCGGAGAGUCUAUUCCUGUUGAUCAUUAUGUUGGUGAUCAGAUUUUCUCUGGAACAGUGAAUGUGGGAUCAGCCACUGUGGUGGCUAAGAUCUCGACUCUUGACGGAACUUCUCUGAUUGAUCAGAUCGUUAAUGCUGUCAGAGACGGUCAACUAAACCGGGCUCCAAUCGAGAGAACUGCCGAUAUUCUCACCGGCUAUUUCGUUCCUCUGAUUUGUAUUCUGGCCGUUGUGACGUGGAUCGUGUGGCUUGCUCUUGGAGUUUCGGGUUCGCUUCCUGAUUCGUAUUUGGAUAUCGACGUUGGUGGCUGGGUGGUUUGGUCCCUUGAGUUUGCUAUUGCUGUUUUCGUAGUUGCAUGUCCAUGUGGGAUUGGUCUUGCUGCUCCUACUGCUCUGUUUGUGGGGGCUGGACUGGCUGCCAAGUACGGUAUUCUGGCCAGAGGAGGUGGUGCUGCAUUCCAGGAGGGUGCUCGUGUGGAAGUUGUUUGUUUUGACAAAACGGGAACUUUGACUGUUGGUGGGAACCCUCAGGUCACCAGCUUUGCAGUUCUGAACUCAGAUAAGUUGGAAGGUUCGAAAUCUUUAGCAUUCCAACUGUGCAGGGAUCUCGAACUGGGCUCCAGACAUCCUCUUUCCAUUGCUAUCAAGAACUUUGUUGCUGCACAGACCCAGAGUGACUCCAGGAUUAGUUUGUUGGGCAAUGUCGUUCCUGAGGUUGAGGAACUUCCUGGAAGAGGCUUACGUGGAGACGUUGUUCUUGACAGCUCCAUGAAUGCAGAGUGGAUGAAAAGCAAGCCAUUAAAGGCCAUACUCGGAAACGAGCUGCUUCUUGCAGAAAGCGAGUGUGAGCCCUUGACCACUGCUCAGAAGGAUACUCUGGAUCUGUGGAAACGCAACGGAAAUAGUGUCGUGGUCAUAGCCGUCAAACUUGGUGAGAGGCAAUUCAUUCCUGUGAUGAUGGUUGCUGCCAAGGAUGAGCUCAGACCCGAGGCCAAGAGUGUUAUUGGCAGUCUCAAGGACACUGGGAUCACUAGUUGGAUGAUCAGUGGUGAUAAUGAGGUCACCGCUAAGGCUAUAGCUGCGCAGGUAGGAAUUUCGCCUGAUCACGUAGUGGCCCAAGUUCUUCCGGAAGAAAAGGCAGCCAAGGUCAAGUGGAUACAGUCGACUUUCCACCGGGGCUCGGGCAAGACAGUGAAGCCAGCUAUUGUGGCCAUGGUGGGAGACGGUGUGAAUGAUGCCCCAGCACUAGCAGCCGCAGACAUUGGAGUUGCCAUGGGUACGGGAUCUGACUUGGCUCUUAAUUCCUGUGAUUUCAUUCUUCUUCCUCCAAAGUACCCGUUGGUGUCGCUGUUGACUCUGUUCCAGCUGUCCAGAAAGGUCUUCAAUAGAGUCAAAUUCAACUUCGGUUGGGCUUUGGUCUACAACUGUAUCGGAGUCCCAAUUGCGGCCGGUGUGAUUUAUCCGUAUCAUAAUUCUAGGCUCAAUCCUGUUUGGGCGAGUGCGGCUAUGGCAGCUUCCAGUGUGAGUGUGGUCAUGAGCAGUCUUGCUUUAAGGUUGUUUAAGCCAAGCAAAGUUGUAAAGACGGAAUCACUGGUACAAGUGGUGGAGGUUGAAGAAGUGAUGGGAUUGUGA